GUAGUUAUGUCACUCAGUUUGAGAAUAUGGUAGCCGAAUUUGCUGGUGCGAAAUAUGGCAUAGCAGCCAUGAAUGGCACUGCAGCGCUCCACAUCGCCCAAGAAUUGGCUGGUGUACGUCAACGAGACUAUGUCAUCACGCCAGAUAUUACCUUCAUCGCUACGGCCAAUGCCAUCAAAUACACAGGAGCAGAUCCCAUCUUCAUAGAUGUGGAUAAGGAUACUUGGCAGAUGGAUUUAGAUAUUUUGGAGGCUUUUUUGGAAAAGGAUACCUUUUAUUACAAAGAUCAUACCUACCUAAAGAGCGACAAAAGAUGUGGCGGCGGUGUCAUCGUCACAGAUGAUGAAAACCUAGCAAAAAAAGCCAAACAUAUAACCACCCAAGCCAAAACAGACACAUUCGAAUACGACCACGAUGAGAUAGGUUACAACUAUCGACUUGUAAACAUACUCGCAGCCGUA